UUGAGGAAGGUCCUGGCAGGGACAGGAUUGGAGUAGGAGAUUCACCUGGGAGCCAAGCCCGGGCUUUCUCUGACCCACGAUGAGCUCUGCCUCCAGCGAGCCUGGGGAAGAGGUCACCCCCCAGAAGUCCCAGCUGGGGCUGGACGCCGUGAUCCAGAGGCUGGAGAAUACCAUUUUGAGCCCCAUGGCAAGCAGAGAAGACCGAGCACUGACCAUGCGUGGGGAAGGCCAGCAGGCCUCACCAUCCCCCCUGCCUGCCCGCAUCCGUGAGAUCGUAGCCAGCAGCCUGGGCAAGGAGCCACCUCAAGGGGUGCGGGAGCUGCCAGCCUCUCAGGCCCAGAUGCAGGAAGAACAUGGGCUUCUACAGCAGGAGCUGACCCGACUGGAGGACCUACUGGCCCAGACCGGUGCUGAGCGGGAUGAGCUGGCCAGCAAGUACCAUGUGAUCAGUGAACGACUGCAGGCCCGGCUGAAGACCACCGAGGCUCAGCUGCGAAGGUCGGAGCUAGAGCACAGCGUGGACUUGGAGGAGGCCCUUGGCCGUCUGGAGGCUGCCGAGGAGAGGAGCACUGGCCUCUCCCAGGUGAAUGCCCUCCUGCGGGAACAGCUGGAGCACAUGAAGAAGGCCAACGACACACUGACCCGAGAGCUGGCCCGGACCACAGGCAGUGUGCUCCACCUGCGCCGCCAGCUGGACCUGAGACCCUGGGCCCAGAGAGAGACCUGGGCAAGGGCCCCAAGGAGGCCCCAGGACUUCCUCCUCCUAUGGAAACAGGCCAUGGCACUCCGGACGCACCUGGCUGAGCUGCGCACAGCCACUGAGAGGGGUCUCACCGACAUGCAGGCAGAUGUGGCCAGGACAGCACAGUGUCUGCACAUGGCCUGCCUGAACCUUGACUCCAACCUGCAGCUGUCAGCCAGCAGCACCACCAGCAUCCUGGGGCAGCAGCUGCGGGACAAGGUUGGGGAGAUGCUGCAGUUGCAGAGCUGCUGGGAUGCAGAGAAGGUGGCACUCCAGGCCAGACUCUCAGAGCAAACACUGCUGGUGGAGAAGCUUAUGGAGCAGAGCAGGCAGAAGGAGAGGACCAUCGCUUCCCUCAAUACAGAUGUUCAGAGGCUGGAAUCCCAGCGCACUGGAGGCCAGGCAGCAGAGGACAGCUUGAGGGAUGAAGUCCAGUCUCUGCGAUGCAUUUUGGCGAGCAUCAUCAAGGAGGCCCAGGCAGACCUGGAGCUGGCCUGGAGCAGCAGCACUGAAGGGGAGGAGCCACAGAGCCCAUGGAGGAGCCCCCCACGCACCACGUCUUCCCCCAAGGAGGUGUCCCCAUCAUGGGCCCACCCCUCAGCUACCCUGGACCCCACAAUGCAGUCUGUGCGGGCAGCCAUCAAGAGGCGGCAGCAGCGGGAGCAGGAGCUGCAGCUAAAGCUGGAGUCAUCCCGGGCCGUGGUGGCCAGGCUCCGCAAGCAGCUGUCAGAGAGCCAGUGGAGGCUGCAGGCCUCACAGCGGCUCCUGCAGGAGUGGGCCGGGGAUCGAGAGGCCCACGGGCUCGAGGUGCAGCACUGCCAGGCGUCCCCCAUGCUACCAGGAAGUCAGGAGCGUCUGCAGCAACUGGAGGAGAAGGUCUCAGCACUCAGGAGGAAGCUGGCAUGGGCCCGGGAGGCGCUGAGCACAGCCCAGAUGCAGAGGGAUGUCGUGGAGAGCGAGAGGGAGGGCCUGCGUGGGGCCUUAGCCAGGGCCGAGUCCAGCAACACUGACCUAGAACUGCUUGUGAGGCGGCUGAAGUCAGAGGGUGUGGAGCAGAGGGACUCCCUGGCCCAGAUGGCCACCCUGAUGGAAGGGUUCGCUCAAGACAAAGCUACCUUGAACCAGCUGGUCCUCCAGGUGGAGCAGCAGCGGGACCAGCUGCAGGAACAGCAGACGGUGCUAGAGCAGGAGGGGGCCAGUGCCCAGGAGCAGCUAGCGCAGGCCGAGCAGCAGCUGGCACAGGAGCGGGCUGAGCUCAGGGGCCUGCAGCAGGCCCACAGGCACCUGGAGCAGCGGCUGGAGCAACUAGAGGGGCGGGUGGCCCUGCUUAGCCGUGAGAAGGCCCAGCUCCAGGAGCGAGUGGACCAGGUCACACGUGGGAAGCAGGCCCUGGAGGAACAGCUGGCGCAGAGCCUGCAGGACCAGGAUGCCCAGGUGGACACUCUACAGCAAGUGCUGCGGGAAAAGGAUGCUCUGUCUGAGGAGCGGGCCCAGCUGCUGGCCACACAGGAGGCCCUGGAGCGGCAGCGCCAGAUCGUGGCUGAGGAAGCAGCUAAUCUGAGGGCCGAGAGGGACUCCCUGGAGACCAGCCUCUUUGAGGCCCAACAGAAGGCAAUGCAACUGCAGGCUCGGCAGGAACAGCUGGUGGGAGAAGCCCAGAGAGCUCAGCUCGCUCAGCAGGCCUUGCAAGAGGAAAUGGAGCAGCUGAGAAGCGACCGGGAGGUCCAGGAGGAGCAGCUGCAGCAAGAUGUGGUUCGGCUUCUACGGCAGGUGGCACAGCAGAAGCAGGAUGCACAGAUGGCCCUGGAGAGCCAGGCACUGGCCCACCACAAGGACAUGGCACAGCUCCAGAGGGAGAAGGAAACCCUGAGUCUAACCCUGGCAGAGGAGAAGGAGGUGGCCGCAUGCCGGCUGGAGCAGGAGAAGGAGCUGGUGGAAAGAAGUACAUCUGAGAGGGAGGCUCUGAAAGGGGAAAUUCAGAAAAUGAGGCAGAAGCAGGACAGGAGCCUCCAACGGGAGCAUGAGAUGCAACAGGCUCUGUCUCUGAAAGAAGCUGAGCUCAGCCUGCUGAGCAAGGAGCUCUCCAGGACCUCCCAGGAGCUGAAGCAGGUGCGGGAGGAGGCCCAGAGCCGGCAGCAGCUAGCUGAGGCCACCAUCAGCAGCACCACGGAGGAGCUAAAGGCCCUGCAGGCUGAGUUCGAGGCCGCCAUCUGCACCCAUCAGAGGGAGGCCACGGCUCUAACCCAGAGUCUCCAAGACAUGGCGGCUGAGAGAAGCCACGUGGGGAGAGAGGCUGAGAAGCUGCGGGCACAACUGGAUGUGGCCCAGGAAGGGGUGGCCGUGCUGCGCCAGGAGCUGCAGGGUGCCCAGAAGAGCCGCGAGGGGCUGCGCAGGGAGGCCGAGGAGGCCCGCCAGGCGCUGGGUGAUGAGGCCCGGGAGCAGGAUGUGCUGUGGCACUCCAACAGUGAGCUGCGGGCAGCCCUCCGCAGGGUGGAGCAGGAGAAGGCCAGUUUUAAGCGGUCCCUGGAGGAAAAGGAGCAGAGGCUGCUUGUCCUGGAGGAGGCCAGAGUGGCUGCGCAGCGGGAGGCUGGGAUGCUGAGGGCCAGCCUGUGGGAGCUGGAGCGGGCGCGGGGGAACACCCACCGGGAGCUCCAGGAGCGCCGCAGACAGGUGAGGACCCUGGAGGCCGAGAACCAGAGGAAGACCCAAGAGCUGAGCCAGCUGCAGGCCCAGUGUGCCCACGAAGUGCAGCGGUGGCAGCAGAGUGCACAGGAGGCCCUGGAGCUGCAGAGAUGGGCAACCACCACGGAGGCCGCCUUGGAGGGUGCCCAGAAGGAGGUCCUGAGGCUGCAGCAGAGGUUGGCAGAGAUGGAGACCACAGAGGAGGCCCGGGGACAGCGGUUUCAGGAACACAUCCGAGAGAGCCAGGAGGCCCAGCAGACCCUCCAGACCAAACUCCACAGUGUCACAAGGAGGCUGCAGCAGACCAGCAGCAUGGCCAAUAGCCUCCAGACUCGCCUGGACGGGGCCUGUCACCGGAUUCGCAGCCUGGAGCAGGACCUGGCCUGGGCCCAGGGCGCAAGGAGGGAUGCAGAGGCCCAGCUAGACCGGAUGUGCUCUACCCUCCGCCGUGGCCUGGGGCUUCGGGGACAGAGCCCUUCGGCCUCCCCUGAGCCACCUGGACCCCUUGUGAGAGGCUCUGAAAGCUCCAGGGCCUGCCCUGGGUGGCAGGGUGCCAGCAUCCCCACCAGGCCCCACUCACCUAUACCUGGAAACCUUGGACCAGAGGUCAUGGACACAGCAUCUGUGCGUGACGCCCUACGGGACCUUGUCCAAAAGCUUUGGGAUGCCCAGCGGGACCGGGAUGACUACUGUGCCCAGGCAGCCAGCCUGAGCCAACAGCUGAGCAAGGCCAAGAGCCAGUGUGCCCAAACCCAGGGCCACAUGGGGCAGCUGCAGACAGCCCUGGUCCAGGCAAAAGAAGGCUGGUGCCAGGCAGAGAGUGCUCUAAGCAGAGCCCGGACAUUGCGGGCCCUGCAGAAGAAGGCGCUCCGCAGGCCGGAGACUAAACACCUGGCCAGCGUGCAGGUAGCCAGCCAGGAGAAGCUGCGGCUCCAGACCCAAACGGCAAGGCUGGAGCAGGCCUGGACCCAGCAGCUCCAGGAGCUGACUGUCCAGCCCAAGCAGGACCUGGCCACAGAGGCAGAGCAUCUGCACAGGGCCCAGCUGCAGGCUACACCAGCCUUGGAGUCCCACAAGCAAGUCCACCAGCAGCGAGUGAAGGUGCUGGAGGGACAGGUGGCCAGCCUGAAGGAGCAGCUGGACCAGGAAGUGCAGCAGCAGCAAGCGGUGCACCUGGGCCAGGCCUCCCAGGCCAGGCAGUGAGCCCUGCUGCAGUCGUCCCCGGUGGACUCACUGCCAGCAGCCAUGACUGGCCAGGCCACGGAAGAGCAAGCUGCUGCUGGGGAAGCUGGGCCUGUUCUCCACACGAGAGAGGUUGAGCUUAGAUGUGGCAGGUGCGAGGCUGGCAGAGAGUGCAGGGAGCAGGUAGCCCUCCCAGAGCCACCACUCAGUCCCCAUCCCAGGGUAUACUGAUUCCACUGACUGCAGAGCUGUCCACCUGGAGACUCAGCCUCCAGCUGGCACUGGCCUGUGCUGCAGCCACUCAUCUCUGAUGACUCCUGCUGUGGGGAGCAGGGCUCAGCCCCCCAAAGCCCACCUGGGCCUGGUGUUCCAUUUCCGCAUUGGAUGUGCUGAUCUAGUGUGACUCCUGCAACCAGGCCCCGUCAGGGCGGCCUCCUCAGCUGCAUGCCGUGCCCUCAGCUCUGUAAACAUGGGAAAACACGUGGGAGACAUUUCCACCAACUGGAGCCAAAAACAUAAUGUCCUGCAGGCACAGCCACCACAGCCCCACGGCCAGAGGCUGUAGAACCUCCGUGUCCAGGAACCGCGGCCCAUCUCAGUGGCAGGUGGCUGGAAAUAACUCAGAUUCCAGUUCCCGUGACUAUCUGGCUGCGAGAGGCAGUGGAGCAUAACAUUUAAUGUUGUUGUGGGCCCCCUGCUUUCCAGCCUGGGGACGCUGGGCAGUCCCUGUGGGAACCACCCUGGUUGCCAUGGAGACUGAGGCGGCCAUCUUGGGCCUGCCCAAGGGUCACCUGUCAGCAUUUUUACUCUUUGCUCCCAUUAACACUGGCCAGAGCGAUCUGCUGUUCUCUCCAAAUGGCCUUUUUUUCUCUGUGAGUAGUACAUUUACAGUGUCUGUGGGGCACAGUCAUCUGGGGAAUUCCCAUGUGUGCCACAAGGCACUGGCUGCCUCUCAGCCUCCUUCCCAGCCAAGGACACUGGCCAGUGCUGGAAGGACCACCAGCUCAGGUAACACACCCUGUCCAAUCACUACAGCUGUGUGACAGCCAUUGUCUAUUUCAAGAUCACACUGGGGGACUUAGACUAGAUAGAUCAUCUUAUGAGAUCGAUUAUGAUCCCUUGAUGGGGCCGCUGUACGUCCUAAAUCCUGUGAAGCUAGCAGGCAGAAAGAGAUGGGCCAACAGGCUUCACUCUGUAACUUGGCCUGGCAGCUGUGUCGAGGAGGGCUCUGCAGCUCAGUCAGGCUCUGAGGGGAAGAACACAGUGACCCACCAGUGAAGGAGGGGCCUAGGGGACACAGGUGCCAUGACAGCACCCUUGCAGUGGCCCAUCAAAGGCAAACAGUGCACUGGUGGGGGGUAGCAGGCAGGCUUGCACCACUGAUGCAGAGUGUUCUGCCAGAUGGGCAGGGGGCCCCCAAGGAGCAGUGUGUGGCACUCAGGACCCUUCAAUCCUCCUACCCCAAACUGCAGUUUCCCUGUGGGGCCUCAGGGGUGGGGGUGGAAGGAAGGGACCCCAAGUUAGAAGUUCCUGGUAGGGGAGCCCCAGUGUGUCCUCAGGCUGCUGUGGCCAUGCCUCCCUCUCCAAAUCCCUGCAGAAUCCACUGGAGCUGGAGCUCCCAGCACAGAGGAAGCACCUGGCAGCAUGCAGAUGAGUGGCAACCGCCCUUUCGGCUGUGAGGGUGCAGGUGCUUUAGCAUUAAGACAAGGGCCUCAUGCAGCACAACCAGCUUGCUCACCUGGUGGCUCAUGGGGAAUCUUCCAACGGCCCACGGGCUGUCUGAGAUUUUUGUAUUUUUAACAAGUAGGUAAAUCAGCAUAGAAGAUAGUGGUUUU